GUCAAAUUAUGCCGUAUCCAUUCCACCAAGCAUACAGACCAGGGCCGACUACUCCUCCCAGGGCCCCAAGCAGACCAAGUUCGAGGACUGCCCAUACCCAGAUCGUCCCAACGGCUGGAGCUGUUUUCAUCACUGCAUAGUACCCACGGUCGUUCGUUACAUGAAUCAGGUAACAUCCAGCAACGUUAGCCAUGACCAGGUAGGACAGCUGUCGGAGUGCCAAAAUCCACCGUUGCACUGAUCUGGAGAAGCUGUCCGAAGUGAUAGGUAGUAGAAGUCCGUGAAACAAAGUCACCAACGCAAACAAGGUGGGGAACGCAACAAAUAAUGUCCGCAAGACAAUUGGCAUAUAUCGAAGCUCUUGAGCAUACUGGUGAACGGUCAAGAUCUCGAGGGUGAAAUGUAUCGCGGCCAGACUGAUCACCAAGAGUAUGGCAUCUAGCCAAGGAGUUGCCGAUCUGGUAUCGGCCAGAGCCUCGUUUGGGAUGACCUUGCCAUCUUGGCCGAUCUUGACUUCAACAAUGUUCUCGGGAUUGCUCCCAGGAUUGAAUUUCCUGGCGCCGGGGUUCAAUUGUGCCUCCCUUUCCGCCGCAAGUUCGAGGAGUGUUUUCGUUUUCCUCGAGUCGUCCUUGACUGGUCUGCUCAACGGAAUGUGGCUGGCAUUCUGGAUCGAUGGCUCAGAGGAGCCUUUGGCUCGUCUUUGCUUCCUGUUCAUUGUUGUAGUACCUCACGGUCAAAUCAUGACUCUUUGCGAGCGAGCACUGUAGAUGACACAGUCGCGACGAGGGACUUGAGAAAACUUAUUUUUUGGGAUUGUAAAUCGAUGAGUCCCAAAGUCAAGUCUGACAUUGAUGACCAAGUAAGCUCUGUUCUUUGUGAGUAGAGGCCAUGCAACAAUCAGCAUCGACGUGGCUGCUUCUCAGGGGCGGAAUUUAGAGUCUCCGUUUUGCCAAGCCCGACUGGUUUAUCCGCCCGAGCGCAUCCACCGUCAUCUCCAUCAACAACGACGACGACGAUGCUCAAUCUUGCAUCAUCACCAAUAAUACACAAUGAUGUCUUUGUCGAGAUCCAUUACGAGUGGGUGCGCCACUGACCCUGAUGAAGACAAUAUUAGUGGCAAGCCCAUUCAUCCCAGCAGAACAAUAUUAAGCUACCCUUCUUUGUUACUGCCCACUCUAGCACACCGGCUUCUCAAAUACUGUGGGCUACUGACUCUACUCCCAUGGGCAAUGUCUGGUCUCGAUGUUUGAAAACGGCGGCCCUUCAAGUGUAAUCUCAUGAGAAUAGCCCUAUGCACGUCGUGAACAAAGAUGCUGUUGUUGGCAACCUGACGUUUCAGCCAGCACAUGACAUGAUACUUAUUCCACCUCAAGGUAGGUUGACUUUCUUCACUCCUAGCAACCCAAAAUUGAAUUUGGAGACGUGACAUUUCAAGUCCAUUCAUACCGAUUAAAAGCAUGGUGGUGAUCAAACACGCUGUACUGUUCGCGGCAGCCAUCUUCACUCUUGGCCUGGCAUUGCCUGCCGACAAUGAUUGGGGUAAUAAGUCGGGGGGCGACUCUCACGGACCACCCCAGGGCACUGGAAUGACAGCUGGUGGCAUACCUACGGGUGCCCCAGGUGGCCCCGGAGGCAAUGGCGGCAAUGGCGGUUAUGGCAACCCUGGCAAUCCCGGCAGCCCCUCCGGUGGUGGACGGGGUGGCGGAGGACCGGGUGGGGAUGAUGACGAUAAGAAAGGCGGUGGCCAAUUCGGCGGCAAGAACCAUCCUGGUGGCGGCAAGCCGGGCGGAGGUCAAGGACAGGGAGGCUGGUCCGGAGGAAACGGAAAUCCACCAGAUGACCAAGGCCGUAAGUCUGGAGGCGGCCAAGGGCAGGGAGGAGGACCAGGAGGGAACGGGAACUCACCUGAUAGCCAAGGCACUGGGUGGGAUAAGAAUGGUGGCGGACAAGGCGGCGGGCAGGGUGGUGGACAAGGUGGUGGUGAAGACGAUGGUGAAGGCGGUGGUGUCCAUCCUCGUGACAACAAUCCGGGCGGUUUUGGUGGGAAAUCGGGCUUUGGCAAGGGGAAAACCGACCAUGCCGGCAAGCCGCCGAAUCACAAAGCUAAGCACCCUCGGGACGACCAUCAUGGCAACAACAAGGACUGGAAAACUGCCCCGGACGACACAGAUUUUGAGCACCCUAGAGGCUGGCCCGAACAUAGUCGACGUGACACGAACCAAUAUGGCGACGAGGAUAAAGACAACGGUGAAAGUGACAACGAUAACGGCGGCAGUAAUAGAGACAACGGCGACGAUGACAAUGACAACGGCGAUAUCGAACCUUAUCCUUACAAGGUUGGCGACAUUGAAUUUGAUGAUGACCACCUCCCCGACGGUGACAACGCGACUGCAACGAAGCAUUUUCUACAUCCUCGUGAUGACUGCGAUCCGAACUUUUAUGGCGGAACAGGAUGCCACCCUUACCUUGGAGUAUUGGAAUGCUCUAGGAAAAAUUAUGAACCGCCGUGCAAGUUCACCAAGUGGGAGGAAGGGUGGUGUAUGAGCCGAUAUUAUCGUUCGCCCGAUGGUAUGGAUUUUGGGUCCUGGAGAGCAGACAAAGGCCUGGUAUGCACCAUGUAUGAACUCGACAAAUGCAACGUGGGUACAGGAGGCCGCAAGCUCAAGGGGUCAGGUGACUGGGUCCAAGUUCCCGGAUUUCGUUGGGGUGAUAUUCCAAGUUGGUUUGACAAUAAAAGGCUUUGGCACUAUGCAAUGGGACUCCGGGCCCCUCUCAGCUGGUCGUGCCAGUGGGACCGAUGAAUGGCAAAGGGAAACAGACACGUGGACUGUGGUAUAUACAGGCUCUGCAGAUUAUUGAGUGAUCAAUGGGUUUUAUGCUAGUGAUGGAGUAUUGUCAUGGAAUUGCUUUUGACCAACAAGCAUGUGAUUCUCGCUACCUUCUCAGAAUCGCGAUCUUGACCUCAUUGGUAGAAGCAAGCUGCAAGGCUGUGACAAUGACGUCGUAG